AUGGUCCUAGAGUUUGUGGUGCUCGACUUCGUAAACGUCUCCUUACAGCAAGUGGAGGAACUGAUUGGAGCUGCCACAUCCGCCAGGCUGUCAGAGGUUGAGUCCAUGCUUCAGCUUCCGCAAGAUCCGAAUCUUGCAGAUCAGUCAGGUUGGACGGCGCUGGCACAUGCAGUUUAUGAGAACCACUUGGGGAUCGCGCGAGUGCUCGUCGAAGCCGGAUCCCGGUUGGAUGUUGCAGUUGGGGAAGGCCGAUGGAUGCCACUGUCUCUAGCAGCCCGGCAUCAUGGCGGUGGUGUCGGGAUGGCGAAAUUAUUGCUGGAGGCCGGGGCCAGUAUCGAUUCAAGAGACGCCCAUGGUUGCACGGCGCUCGCACUUGCUGCUGACUCAGCCGACACGGAAGUCGUGCGUUUACUACUCCUGGAAGGUGCCGGGGUCGAUUUGACGGACAACUAUGGCUGCACAGCACUGAUAAGGGCCAGUGCCAGUUGUCGCGGCCAUGCUGAAGUCGUGCAGUGUCUGCUUGAUUUUGGCUCCAAUGCCCACCAUAUGAGCCACGCAGGCACUGCACUAGUUUUUGCGUCUCGCGCUGGCCACGAUGCAAUCGUGCGUUUGCUAUUAAAACACAAAGCGCAAGUCGAUGACUACGCCGUGUUUUGCGCAUCUGACAAAGGUCAUGUCAACUGUGUGCGCCUGUUGCUGGAGGCCCCGGGUUGGAGGAAUGCACGCAGUUCCUUUGCUCGAAGAUGUUAUAUGUCAUGGUCAUUAGCGCGCGCGUCGAGACAUGGUAAUGCCGACCUCGUUCAAGUACUGCUCGAAGCACGUGCAGACAUGGAAAGACCAUUCAGCGACUUUACCGCGCUGAUGGAGGCUUCUCUGUACAGCCGCGUGGACGUGGUUCGUGUUUUGCUGAAGGCAGGUUGCGAUACGGACGCAACGGAUCCAGAUGGCACCACGGCUUUGAUGCUGGCAUCUAUGACUGGCCACGCCGAGAUUGUUCACAUGUUGCUACAGGCGGGUGCCGACAAAAACGUGGUUUCCAGAGAUGGAACCACAGCGAUGAUGGAAGCUUCUUCGUGGGGACACACCCAGGUCAUGGGCUUGCUGAAGCCUCGAAAGCGGAAGAGCGAACUUCUGCCGUAG